AUGGUUUAUCCGACCGCAAGCGGGAGAAGUCAUUCUGUUGUCGAAAAAGAAGCAUAUGCUGUCGUCGAAGCGACCCGCAAAUGGCGCCACCAUCUUAGGAGACAUUUUAAACUGAUUACGAAUUAUUGUUGGUUUGUUUCUAUAUAUGGAACCAACAAAAGAAUUGGAAAGAUUGAACGGUGGGAAUUCGAAUUGGCGGGGCGUAACCACGACGUCGUCUAUAGACCAGGAGCGGACAGCGGGUUGUCGAUGCCUUUUCUUGUAACCCAUGUACCAACGUUGUUGGCACGUAGAGCUUCAAGAGCUUCAAAACAUAUCAUACGAUCUCAGAAUCUCAAGAUUUUGCGCAUGUUAACUCAAAAUAAAAGUGUAACUUUUCGUUGUUAUCUUUUCAAAGCCACUUUUGAACUCCUUAGUAUUAGCUUUAAAGGCUCAGUUCCUUCAAACACUCGAAAUUGCCUCUUAGGGGCGAGAUGGACCAAGUGGUUAGAACGCGAAUUUACUGACCGGAAGGCCCGUGGUUCGAACCCGAUUUCUGCCUCUCGACUUCCCCUAUCAAGGCUUGGGCAACCUGGCAGUAUCCCAGCCCUCGUGCCUCUUUCGUGUGGCAUGGCAGCUAGGCACCGGAAGGGUGCUACAGCUGAACGAUUUAAUUCGCACCACAUUGCCUCUCAGUCACCAUGCGCCCAUAUAUCCUUUUCUACCACUAUAAUCAUCGACAGCAUGACAUCAGUGCUGAACACCGAUGCUUCACCGUCGUACAACUAUGAUUUACUUGAAGAGACGAAGAGACUGGAUCUUACCGUGUUAGACCCUUUGGAAAACCAUCAGUCUCGUUCACCUCUCAACCUGCUUGCCACACAUGGGGUGGUUAUCCUUCUGGAUGCUGUCCACUGUACCUGA